GAAUUGUUAACUAAAUGAAUCCAGCCCACUGGUGUAUGCUUAAAAGUUUAAAAAAAAAACCUAGAGGAAAUUAAACGUUCCGCUCGUUGUUGUUGCCCUAUGAGAGGUCUGGCCUUCCGCUGGUGAUCAGCUGAUGAUAUUUUCCCGGUGUGGGGGCGUAUGUGACUGGUGAAUCGCUGAAGUGCGCAGCGCUGAGUCUACGGUGGGAGCGGAGCGGAGUGGAGCACAGCACAGCGCGAUGGCUGCACUAUCCCCGACAUACACUGCCCUUACUCUCCUGCUUCUCUACGUCGCCGCUUUCACCCUGGUCAGCUCGAAGAAACCUAACGUGGUGUUGAUCCUGACCGACGACCAGGAUGUUCUCCUGGGGGGAAUGACACCAUUGAAGAAAACAAGGAAACUUGUGGGAGACCUUGGAAUAACCUUUACUAAUGUGUAUGUGGCCAGCCCAUUGUGUUGCCCAAGUAGAUCCAGUAUCCUGACUGGGAAGUACCCACACAAUCAUCGAGUAUUUAAUAAUACACUGGAAGGAAACUGCAGUAGUAUAGCAUGGCAGAAAACACAAGAGCCAAACACCUUCCCAGCCAUCCUCCAUAAUCAUUGUGGAUAUCGAACAUUUUUUGCAGGAAAAUAUUUGAAUGAGUACGGAUCCAAGUCUGCAGGUGGAGUUGAACAUGUUCCACCAGGUUGGGAUUACUGGCAUGCUCUGGUGCAGAAUUCUAAAUAUUACAACUACUCGCUUUCUGUCAAUGGAAAACUACAGCAUCAUGGGCAGAACUAUAGUCAAGAUUACCUAACUGAUUUACUGUCAAAUAUUUCAUUGGACUUUUUGGACUCCAGACCCAAGUAUGCACCUUUCUUCAUGAUGAUCUCCACUCCAGCACCACACUCUCCUUGGACUCCUGCCCCACAAUAUGAAAAAAGUUUUUUGAAUGUUAAAGCACCAAGAAACACUAACUUCAAUAUACAUGGAAAGGACAAACAUUGGCUGAUCAGGCAAGCAAAGACUCCCAUGGCCAAUUCUUCAAUCAAUUUUCUGGAUAACGCUUUUCGGAAAAGAUGGCAGACAUUGUUGUCAGUGGACGAUCUCGUGGAAAAAGUAGUAAAGAAGUUGGAUGCAGUCAAAGAGUUGGAUAACACCUAUAUUUUCUUUACAUCUGAUAAUGGCUAUCAUACAGGUCAAUUUUCUUUGCCAAUUGACAAACGACAGCUAUAUGAAUUUGAUAUUAAAGUUCCAUUGCUUGUGCGUGGACCUGGAAUCAAAUCUAAUACUAGUAAUAAGAUGCUUGUAGCAAAUAUUGAUUUGGCUCCCACAAUAUUGGAUAUCGCUGGCUAUGAUAUUAACAAGACUAGGAUGGAUGGCAUGUCUCUCAUGCCUCUGCUGAAUAAGGUGGCAAAUGUGACAUGGAGGACUGACCUCCUUGUGGAGUAUCAAGGAGAGGGACAAAAUAAAAGUGAUCCAACCUGCCCCUUGUUAGGGCCUGGGGUGACCGACUGUUUCCCUGACUGUGUAUGUGAAGAUGCAUAUAAUAACACCUAUGCAUGUGUGAGAACAAUUGCAGGCUCAACUGACCUGCAGUAUUGUGAAUUUGAUGAUAGUGAGGUUUUUGUGGAAGUCUAUAAUCUAACGUCUGAUCCACACCAGAUCAAGAACAUAGCAAAGAGUAUUGAUCAAGAAAUUCUUGAGAAGAUGAACCAUCGUCUAAUGAUGUUACAGUCUUGUUCUGGAUCAACGUGCCAUACGCCAGGGGUAUAUGACCCAAGGUACAGAUUUGACCCAAGGCUAAUGUUCCAUCAUGGACCCACUGCAACCAAGCUCUUCCAUAAAAUUGUAUGAGGUCUGUUUGUUAUUUAUGAUAUGCACCUUCCUUUUCUGCGGGGUAGAUCUAAAUUGUGAGAAAUUGUAUUGUUUUUCUCCUCCUUUCCGAUCACAGAUUCAUCCCCGUCCUCUGAAAUAUUACAUAAUGGUAAAAAAAGGCCCACUGGAAAUGUAAUUCAGGCAUUUUUUAAUACUGUUAGUUCUGUUGCAGCACCACUAUUUAUUUGCAAGAAUUAUUGUCUUUAAUUUCAAGGAAAGAAUGCACAAAUUUCUCAUAUGAGAUAUGACCCAAAUCAGACAGUUUAAGCUUCUGGGUUGCUUGCGUGAAUUGUUAUCUGCCGGCUAGUAGCCACUGGCUGUCAUCUGGUGGGUAUUGUAUGACGUUUCAAACUAAGUUCCUGUAUCUGAACACCAUAGCAUGAUCUUUGUGCUAAUAGUUCAGUUUGCAUGUAACUUCCGAACAAACUUCACUGUAAAGAUAAUGGAAUAACCUAUAAACAGCAGAAAUUUGAUAAGGGCUGUUCAGUUCCACUGUGCUGGAAUUUUCACUAUGCUUGGAAGGAAAAUAAUUGAUCAAACACUCAAAUUUGGUUCCAUGUUAGAUUUAUUCUCUUUUUCAUUCCCUGUCUCAAAAGGGAACAGAAUAUUUUACUAUGAAGAAUAAUGGGAUUUUCUAUUGACACUUGGGUCAGACUGGUGUGAAGCAAAUUAAUCUGAGACUUUGUCUUUGAGUUCAAACACUCCAGUAUUAAAUGCUCUACAAUUAUAUCAUUUUCGGCACAAUGGUACUAUUUCUGUUCUACCCCAGCUGUUUUUGUUUUUAUUACCAACCAAAGGUCAUAAACAGACUUGACCUCCACUGUUUCCAGGGCUACAAGGUUUCUUAGUUUUUUGGCUGUGACUAUUCCUCUGACCUCCCCAUUUCCUUGCAUCCUUGGAAAAUAAGUGAUUUUGUUCCGUCACAUUGGUAUCUGUCAAGUUUAUUUCCAAUAUGCAUUAUUCAUUAUCAAAGGGGAAAUGCGCCCUUAAUUUUUCUAUUACGCUUGAUGUGCUUCAAGAGUAUAAUAUCCAUAUGGUUCAGAAUUCUGUCUUUAAAACCGGAUUCCACAGGCAUGAAAUGAUUACUUUCAAGUGACAGUUUAGAUAAAUUGCACUGAUUUUGAGUCUCCCACUUCUGGAUGAUAUCAAACCUGCUGGAUCUGUGUUCUUGCACAUUUUCCUUCCCAGCUGAACAUCGGGAUCUGACUCGGUAGCUCAUGACUGCUCACAAAAUACUGCCAGAACCACAGCAUUAUCCACUAUCCACUAUCUGCCACAUGGCUAUCAAAAUGCCUUUGUCUAUCAAGUGCUGGCAUAUUGUUCAGUUUUACACAAACUAACCACUUCAUUGUAUCCUGCACUGUUGUAUAAACUAUCAGAAUAUCUUGUCUUUGUAUUCAAGGAUAAAAUUAUUACUUUGUUUUACAUAUUGUUGAUUAUUCCAACUGUGUUGUGCAAGGCUUUGCUUGAUAGUUAUAUGGUUAAAAGAGCAAACUAAAAUUCUGAGUGGUAUGCUGAAGCAAUGUAAAUUAUCUGAAGGGCAAACAAACUGCGACUAAGCUGUUUUUUUUUCCCACUGGCAUAAAUGGUUAGUAUAUAAUUGACACAAUGCAUCUAGGGUAGAAGCCUAAGUUUAACGCGCACUAGUGAAGAAGUUUAAUGAGCAAUGCUUGAUGACUAAGGUCUUCCUUUUGCCUGGUGUAUUUGUUAAUCCUUCAGUAAGUAAUCAUGCACAUUUGAUUUGCCAUUGAAUGCAGGGGCUCAAAACUUUGCACAUCAUUAUUGCAUUACUGAUUACAAAUCCUGUAUUUUCAGUCUGAAACUGUUUUCACUUUUUUUUUAAACAAGUAAAUUAUGCACUUUGGAUAACCAUUUGUAUAAACAAUAUUAUUAGGAUGGUUCCGAUUUGAGGCACUUGUAUGGUGGAUUUUUGAAUUGAGAUCAUGCCUUUUCCAAAGAUGAUUUAAGUGCCCUUGACUGUAUUUUUGAGAUUGUGUAUAUAUGAUGGCUUAAUUUAAACCUUGCACUUAUUUAAUAAACUACUUUACAAUUUGAA